ACACAUUAUCAGCUACUCAUCGGCUCUACUUCUGAUGCCGAUCGCACACCCCGCAUUUCAUCUUAUCACCUGGUCUUAUCUCGGACACCCUCCGAGAUAGUCUACACCUAGAUAGUCGUGUAUCUUGCUGUAUACGGCAAUAUAACCCAGACGCAUUGAUCUUAUCGCUCAGACUAAGACCAAGCAUGCUAUCGACUGACCACAACGGCUUGCCAUCGGUGGCUGUUGCAGCUUAUCAGGGCGACGCAAUGCCACAGGCCAUGAAUACACCUUAUAUUUCUCCCGUUCCCCAUUUCCUACUUUCUCUCCAGUUAGAGAAUACUUACCCUCACAAUGACAGACUCAACAUCAAAUACCAAGCCCCAAGACCCAGAAAAGACCAUCCCAGUCACAACCAAAGUGGAUGACGUCGACAUCGGCCAAAUCACCCACCUUGACGAAGCCGAGAUCUUUCUCCACGAACAUGGCAUAUCCCACGACCAGAUGCAAGAGAUGCUCGACGAUCCAGUCCGGACGAAGAAACUACGAAGACGGAUCGAUAUGAUUCUUCUGCCGUUGAUGUGCGGGACAUACUGUCUACAAUAUAUUGAUAAACAGGCCCUCUCAUACAGCGCCGUGUUCGACCUCUUCACCAAUGCCCAUAUCAACAGUAAUGAGUAUAGCUGGCUAGCGAGUAUAUUCUACUUCGGCUACCUCUUCUGGGAAUACCCCGCCAGCUACAUCGCGCAACGCCUACCCAUCGGGACCGUCGUCUCGUCAUUCGUAAUCGCCUGGGGCUCCAUCCUCAUGAUAACAGCUGCCUGCAACAACUUCACCGGCCUAGCCAUCUGUCGAUUCCUCCUAGGCUGCUUCGAAUCCCCCAUAACACCCUGCUUCAUGAUGAUCGUCGGAAUGUGGUACCUCCGACAAGAGCAGCCUUUCCGCGCGGGUAUCUUCUACUGCUGUAAUGGUGUUGGAUCGAUGGUCGGCGGCCUCCUCACCUACGCCAUCGGCCAACUCGACACCUUCCCCGUAUGGCGCGCCGUCUUCCUCAUCUGCGGCGGAGCCACAAUCAUUUGGGGCGUGGUGAUGAUGAUAUUCCUCCCGAAUAGCAUUCUCUCAAGCAAGAGGUUCAGUGUUGAGGAGAAGGUGUUACUCAUUGGCAGGGGGAGGAAGAAUCAAACUGGAAUACUCAAUAGAUCCAUAAAAUGGUACCAAAUCCGCGAAGCCUUCCUCGACCCCCAAGUAUGGCUAUUAUUCCUAUUCACAUUACUGAACGAGACGAUCAACGGGGGCGUCGCUAACUUCGGCAAACUCAUAAUCAAAGGCCUCGUAACCAGCCCCCUCCUCACCACCGUCCUAGGCAUCCCCCAAGGGGCAUUCCAAGUAUUCUUCAUCCUGAGCGGAACCUACCUCUCAACGCGCAUCCCCAACAUCCGCACCCUAAUCAUGAUCGCAUACCUGAUUCCCACGGUCAUCGGCGUAUGUCUUUUAUGGAAGUUAUCCCGGAACAGGGAGUAUGGCGUGUUAUUUGGGUAUUAUAUCAUCGGCUCCUUCGUCACUUCCCUCGUCCUCGCCCUCCAACUCCCCUCCAGCAACAUGGGCGGAUACACGAAGCGCGUGACCGCCACGGCAUUCGUGUUUCUGGCCUACUGUAUUGGGAAUAUUAUCGGUCCGCAUGCUUUCCUGGCGAGUGAGGCGCCGGUGUAUCAGACCGGGUGUAAGUUGAUUCUUGCUUGUGCGGUGUGUCAGAUUGUUUGUGCCGGGGGGAUUAGGGUUUUGUUGAUCCGGAGGAAUAGGAGGAGGGAUGGGAGUGUGGGGGAUGUGGGGAAUGGGGAGGGAGAUGGAGAUGGGGAGGGAGUUAUGGAGGAUUUGACGGAUUUUGAGAAUCCAAGAUUUAGAUAUGUUUAUUAAUGAGGUUGGUUAUAACUAGUAGUAUGGGGUUGGUGGGGAUAGGUGGGAUGAAUGGUGUGGUUGUAUAUGUAUGGGUGUAUCUCCUAUGGAACUGCUUUUGUUUUGAAAGUCAAACUGUAUUAGCUCCUAUGCUAGUUCCCGAAUGCCCCCUUGCAGUCAAAGUCGAAUACUGCUCUGCUCCACUAUGCACUUAUUUGUCAUCACUGCAAUUACUGCAUUAUUUGGUCGAAAGACUGGUAUCAUAUAUGGGCUACAUUUCAAGACUUUUGCUGCUGCCAUCCCGCCCAUCAUAAACUACAAUCAGAUU